AUGUCUUGGUUUCUCUGGUUUGUGACUCCAUGGUCCUCCUCAUCCUUCCCUCUGCUGCUUCUCACUGUACUGAGCAGACAAAUAGGACUGGAAGGAGUUCAGGCAUCAGUGUGUUCCCGAUGGGAAACACACACCAACAUGGGCCUCUUUCAGGGUGGUGAUGUGAUAAUAGGGGGUCUUUUUAACCUCUAUUUCAUGUCUUCAUUAACAGAGCAGGACUUCAAUAAAAAACCAUAUUAUGACAGUUGCAUUAGUUUCAGACCAUACACACUGAGAUAUAUUCAUGCUAUGGUAUUUGCGGUGGAGGAGAUAAAUCGUAACAACAGUUUGCUGCAAGGAGUGAAGCUGGGUUACCGUAUACUGAAUAGCUGUGGCCUGUACCCUUGGGCUCUGCAGGCAACUAUUCCUUUGCUCAUUGGAAUUGCUUCAACAUCAACAGCAGUAGUAGUGUCUGAAGUGUUGGCACCUCUAUCUGUUCCAAUUAUUAGCUACAGAGCAAGUUGCCCUUGUCUUAGUAACAGGCACAAAUUUCCAAGUUUUUUCAGAACAAUGCAAAAUAGCAUGUACCUAACUCAAGCCAUGGCACAACUGGCUAUACGCUUCAAAUGGGCCUGGGUUGGAGUGGUGAUAACAAACAACGAUUACGGGCAUUCCGCUUUACAGACAUUCCAAAAAGAGACUCAGGGAAAGGGGGUCUGUAUUGAUUUUGUACAGAUUGUCAACAAACAUGCAAUCAUGAAUGAUGCCAAAAAAGCAGCAAUUACAAUUGAAGCUUCAACUGCAAGGGUGAUACUGAUUUUUUGUUGGCAUACAGAUGUAAGGCAAAUACUUCUUGCACUAGCUGAGAGAAAUGUGACUGACAGACAGUUUCUGGCCAGUGGGGCCUGGAGCACUAGUAAUGAACUAAUGCAAGAUCUUGCCAUCUCUAAGUUGUCAAGUGGUGUUGUUGGUGUGGCCAUACGCAGUUCAACAAUACCUGGAUUUGAAAAUUAUCUCAGAAGUUUAAACCCAUAUAAUCAUCCAGACAAUGUGUUUAUAAGAGAAUUAUGGGAAAGAGAGUUUGGUGGGACAGAGUCUCUGGAGAAGAUGCAGGAUGUCUUUACUGACAUGUCUCAGCUAAGGGAAACAUAUAAUGUGUAUCUUGCUGUUUAUGCAGCAGCUCACGCCCUUCACAGCCUUCUCUCCUGCCCAAACAGAGACAGUCCUACGAACAACAGCUCCACCUGCUCCUCUGCAAAACACAUCAAACCCAGAGAGCUUUUACAGCACUUGAACAAAGUAAAUAUCUCCACACCACAUGGAGAAAUGUUUUACUUCCAAGGUGCUGAUAUUCCACCAAGGUUUGACAUUAUUAACUGGCAGAAAACCCCUGAUGGUUCACUCAAAUUUGUAGUGGUUGGUCAAGUGAAUGAGUUUGGUAUCCACCUAAAUGAGUCAGUUAUUCAGUGGAACACAGGAUCCAGUGAGGUUCCUGUCUCAGUGUGCAGUAAGAGCUGUCCCCCAGGUACCCGAAAGGCCAACAGGAAAGGAGAACCUGUUUGCUGCUUUGACUGUAUUCCAUGUGGAGAAGGAGAAAUUAGUAAUAUAACAGGUUCCCUCCACUGUGAACGUUGUCCAUCUGAGUUUUGGUCCAAUACUGAACGAACUGUCUGUAUACGUCGUCAGACAGACUUCCUGUCCUUUAAUGAAACACUGGGCAUUACUCUGACUACAGUCGCUGUGUCUGGUGUCAUAGUGACAACAGCUGUGUUUGUGGUUUUUCUGUACUACCGUCAAACACCUAUGGUCCGAGCCAACAACUCAGAGCUGAGUUUCCUUCUUCUUCUGUCACUGAAGCUCUGCUUCCUGUGUUCUCUGGUGUUCAUUGGUCGUCCAUCAGUCUGGUCUUGUCGGUUCCAGCAGGCAGCCUUUGGGAUCAGCUUUGUACUUUGUGUUUCCUGUCUUCUGGUGAAGACCAUGGUGGUUCUGGCAGCUUUCCGCUCGGCUCGUCCUGGUGCUGCAGCUUUGAUGAAGUGGUUUGGUCCAGGUCUACAGAGAGGAAGUGUCUGCCUGUUCACCAGUGUACAGAUCAUCAUCUGCAUCAUAUGGUUGUCUCUCAGUCCUCCAGUACCUCACCGUGACUUGGGUAUCCAAGGGUCAAAGGUCACUUUGAAGUGUACCAUGGCCUCUGUGGUGGGCUUCUCUCUGGUUCUGGGCUACAUCGGUCUGCUGGCCUGCACCUGCCUCCUCUUGGCUUUUCUUGCCAGGAAACUCCCUGACAACUUCAAUGAGGCCAAACUGAUCACUUUCAGCAUGCUGAUAUUUUGUGCUGUUUGGGUGGCCUUUGUCCCUGCUUAUGUUAGCUCUCCUGGGAAAUAUGUGGUUGCUGUUGAGAUUUUUGCAAUCCUAGCCUCUAGUUAUGGUUUAUUGUUCUGUAUCUUUGCCCCAAAAUGCUUCAUUAUUCUUUUGAGGCCUGAGAAAAACACUAAGAAACACCUGAUGGGUAGAUAA